CUUUCUCUUCCGCUCUUUAUUCUUUAUUUUUUAUUUUUUAUUUUUUUUUAAUUCCAUUCAUUAGAUUGUCCCACUUUCCAACAACAAUCAAUCCUUCUUUCUCGAUCGUCAAGUUUUUAUUACAACCCCUUUCUUCGUCUUCUUUCUCUUCUUUUAAACCUUUUUUUUUUACCACCAUUCAGUCAUUAGCUUUUCUUUUUCAUCUCAUUCCUUUGAUCGAGUUGACUUGACCCUGUCUUAUUCACAAUGAAGUUUGGCAAGACACUCGAGACUGGCACUGAGGCUAUGCCUGAAGACUGGCGUCCAUACGUUAUCCAUUACAAGUCGUUGAAAAAGAAGAUCAAUGCUAUCGUAAAGGAACUCGACGACCGAGGUCUACCUUCACCCAUCAUUAAAAAGUUACUCACUCAAUCUCUAUCUGGCAACAUGCAUCGACUCGAGUAUUCGUUUGAUGACGAUAAACAGCAUCUAAAGACCUGCAUCAAGGUUGUCAUUGAUGACCUUGAAUCUGGGACAAAGAACGCAAAGACUCUUGGCCCCGUACCUCUUGCAUUAGAAGAGCAGCUUUCCAAACUCCUCGAACAUGAAGUACACUUUGUCAGCAAUUCAGCAUCUUCUUCUUCGAGCGACCUGCAUGAGCAAUUAUCCCAGGACAGUGUAUCUUUACCGACGUCUGUUGCUGCUACUGCUGAGACAGAUACAACACCUGAAGAAGAUCAGAGCAAAAUGGAUAACAAAAACAGUCUCUUGGAUCUUCUAGAUGAUUCAUCCACAGAAAGCUUCGAGAAUAACUCUGUGGUCAGUGAUGACGACUGUGACACGACGGGGCACGCGACCUCAAAGUUGAAUUCUCCGCUUUUGUUUCCUGCAGAUGCAGACGCACCAAUUACGACAGCCGCAAGUGACGGCGCAGCUGCAAGGGAUGAUUCAUCAUCACACCUUUGCGACAGUCUAAAUCACCCAUCAACUUUGUCGACUAAAGGAACGCACAGACCUACCCCAGGCACAACGCCACAAUUUAUAGGAGCAGAUGAAUUACAAAUCUCAUUACCAUCGUCGCAACCUUCGAUCCAAUCGAAAUAUACUGAGCAGCAGCCCGAGAUCACAACGUCUGUGCCUGAGGUGAUAUCAUCCAUACCACUAUCAUCACAAUCCUCUGCUGAUGAACCUUCACUUCAGAGGCAAAGGUCAUCAUCUUCUCUUACAUCUACAUCCACAUCCAUAUCCUCGACGGUAGAACCUAUAGAGACCAUCAUCACCCCUGGUGCCCUGAGCGAACAUCAGCCGCAGCCACAGCAUGAUACAUCCACUUUCAUUACUACAGAGGAAGAUGGAACAAGGGUCCUCGUCAUUGAGUUGACGGCAGACACGGCAUUUUUUGAUCAACUGGGAGAAGAGAUUUCUCAACUAAGCAAAUUACAAGAGGCGAAUAAGCGCGAGUUCGAGUCCAAGGUUGAGGAUUUGAGCAAGAUCCUCACGGUCGUGUCGGCUCCUCAGAACAAGGAUAUGUAUACAUGGCGCGAGAUCCUUAAGGUUUAUCUGGAUGCCCAGGUCUUUGUGGGGGACCAAGAAGCAGAUCGCUCGACACGAUCAUCAGAAAAGGCGCAGAAACAGCUGCAAUGGUUCCUAGCGGAGAUGAACCGCAGUAAAUUAACGCACAAGUUUAAAAAGUCGAAGAGUAAAGUUGCAUUCAACACAUUUUUUCAGCUAAACUCGGAGCUGAUCAUGAUGAAGCAAUUCAGGGAAUUGAAUCAGAUGGCUAUGAUCAAGAUCCUAAAAAAGCACGAUAAAAGGACAAACCUGACCGCGAGUUCUGGUUUCCCAAAGCAUUUGCAGAAUGAACCUUUCUAUAGUGAUAACAUCUCAAAAUCGCUGACCUACACCAUCGGGACCCAGCUUCUUUCGAUUAUUCCUCAACCGGAUGACUAUUCUUGUCCCAUCUGCAUGUCUGUGGCAUGGAAGCCUAUUCGUCUUCGAUGCCAACAUGUGUUCUGUGUCCGUUGCUUGAUCAAAGCGCAACGCAAGAAGAUGAUUCAUUGCCCUAUUUGUCGUGGACCCAACACUGUGCUAGAUGCGGAUGCCAGUAAUUUGGAUACUUCACUGAUGAGCUUUAUGGAGCUAUAUUUCCCGAAAGAGAUCAAAGAGAAGCGCAAGGAAUCGGGCCGUGAACAAGCUAUGGAGGAGAUGGAGGCCAUUACAGGCCGCCAUUGGACGGAUUCCGAUCAGUCAUGCCUUAUCAUGUAGUAAUCUAGCAAUGUACAUGUAAUAGUAGUAUACAUCACUGUAUUUCUUUCUUCUUCUCUUCAUGUUAAUACCGCCUAAUUACUAUAUCUAAUCAUUUAUCAUAAAUAAUAACACGUAUACCACAG